AUGUUGCUGCCGAUUGAUACGCGGAAUGCUAUUUACGAGAAGAUUAUCCAGGAUGGUGUUUUGACGGCAAGAAAUGAUAUUCGCCCCUGCUACAAUCACCCAACUAUUUCCACACGCAAUCUUCAUGUGAUUAAAACUAUGCGGUCACUGAAAUCUCGCGGUUGGGUGCGUGAGCAGUACGCAUGGCGGACCUACUACUGGUUCUUGACGAAUGACGGUCUCACACACCUACGGGAGGUCUUACAUUUACCCUCGGAUAUCAUUCCGGCCACUAUGAAGCAACCGGCCAGGGAUCUCCGCAUGUUUGGGCAAGGAAUGGAAGCCUCUGGGCGCGGUGCUCCUUCAGACGGCCGUGUUGCCUUUCGCCGUGGUACAGUCACUCCUGGAGCUCCCGGUUUUGGAGCACCAGGUAAGGAAGCCAUGGUUGGCGAGGGCGAAGUUCACUUCCGUGGAGGAUUUGGUCGCGGAAGACCUAUGUAA